AUGAUGCUAUCUUUUNCUCCUCCUCCUCCUCCUCCUCCUCCUCCCCCUACUCGGGAGACAGACUGCGAUGACGACGAUGACGACGACGAGGACGACAACCUCCUGUUCGAGCAGAUGCGUCAGACUGCCGCCGCCGUCGCCGCUGCCGCCUCCUACCCGCCGCCCCCACCAGAGCCAGCCUACCACAAUCCCCCGCCCCUUCCCCCUGCCGCCCUCGCUGCCGCUGCUGCAUACCACCUCCAGCAGCCGCUCCCGCCCCCUUCCUCCGCCGCCGCUGCUGCCGCUGCCGCUACUGGCCGCGCUCCUUCCUCCAAGGAAAGUGCUACUGGAGUCAAAAGAAGAGGUGGCCCAGGUGGUCUCAAUAAAGUUUGUGGAGUUUCGCCAGAACUUCAGGCGAUUGUCGGUGAGGCAACCAUGCCUAGAACUCAGAUUGUGAAGGAGCUGUGGGCAUACAUUCGAAAAAACAAUCUCCAAGAUCCUGAUAACAAGCGCAACAUCAUCUGCAAUGAUGAACUACGUGUGGUUUUUGGGACAGACAUUAUUGACAUGUUCAAGAUGAAUAAGUUGCUAGCUAGGCACAUAAUUACGCUUGACACCAAAAAUGGAGGUUCAAAUUCAAAAAAACAAAAGUCAACAAAUGUGGAUGCUGGAACAAUGCCUGAUGCUGAUCAAUGUUUGGUAGUUAUUUCUGAUAAACUGGCCAAUGUCAUAGGGACUGAAGAUAGAGAAAUGAUACAAGAUGAUGUAUUGAAGCAUAUAUGGAAUUACAUAAAAGCUAACCAGCUGGAGGAUUCCACAAAUGCAUCAAUACUGUGUGACUCCAAGCUUCAAGAAAUUUUCGGUUCUGAGAGCGUUCCUGCCUCAGGUUUAAUUAAGAUGCUUGCACACCAUUUUAUAAAGAAGUCAUGACAAAUGUUCUACUUACUGAUAGAUGUAUGAUUACAGCAUCAUCAAGUGACUCUAAUCACUAAAUCAUUAAAGAGUGUUUCUAACAGGAUAUAGCUAUCUAUGUGCUUUGACCAUUGUAUGUUUGUGUGAAAGCAGUUACAGUAGAUUCCCUUUUCAGAUAGAUCUGAUAUUUUUCUCUGUAGCAAUGACUUAGAAAGAUGACGUGUUUUGUAGUAUUAUCAAGUUCUAAUUUUAGCUUUGUCAAUAUGGCGGGGCUUUGGCACUA